AAGAAAUGUAAAGAAAGCACAAGGCUUUGAUUUGGAAUAAUUCAUCACAGGGGCGUUCAUGUAAUUAACUCUUUCUUCUGGUCUCUCCAUUUGUAAACAGAUGGAGAAUAAAGAAGACUCUUGUUCAAAGAUGAACAUCGCUAUUAUUCAUCCUGAUUUAGGAAUUGGAGGAGCGGAAAGGUUAAUAGUUGACGCAGCAGUUGAACUUGCUUCACAUGGUCAUAAUGUUCACAUUUUCACGUCUCACCAUGACACCAGUCGCUGUUUUGAGGAGACCCUUGCUGGGACAUUUGCAGUUACUGUAUAUGGAUCGUUCCUACCCAGACAUAUUUUAUAUCGUUUUCAUGCAGUAUGUGCGUAUCUGCGUUGCAUUUUUGUCGCUCUUUGUGUGUUGUUCAAGUGGCCUUUUUUUGAUGUUGUACUUGCCGAUCAAGUAUCCGUUGUCAUUCCAAUUUUGAAGUUAAAAAAGUCUACAAAGGUUGUUUUCUAUUGUCAUUUCCCGGAUUUGUUGCUCGCUAAACACAAUUCUCUUCUUAGAAGGAUUUACCGGAUGCCCAUAAAUUUUUUAGAACAAUUAACAACAGGAAUGGCGGAUCUGAUUCUUGUCAACAGCAAAUUUACAGCAUCCACUUUUGCUGCAACUUUCAAGCGUCUUGAUUCUCAGGGUAUAAGACCAGCCGUGCUUUAUCCAGCAGUAAAUGUGGCCCAGUUCAACAAGCCAAAUGCUUAUAAGUUGAAUUUUCUAUCAAUCAACCGGUUUGAAAGAAAAAAGAACAUAGACUUGGCAAUAUCAGCAUUUGCGAUGCUUGGCUCUCUUGAUGCAACAUUGACUAUUGCAGGUGGAUUCGAUCAGCGGUUGAGAGAGAAUGUUGACUAUUUAGAGCAGCUUAAAUUCUUGGCAGAAAUUAAAGGGGUUUCAAAUCAGGUCAAAUUCAUCACAUCUUGUCCCACUGCCGAAAGAAAUGCCCUUCUUUCUGAUUGCCUAUGUGUUAUAUACACACCAAAGGAUGAACAUUUUGGCAUUGUUCCCUUGGAGGCAAUGGCUGCACAUAAGCCUGUAAUCGCAUGCAAUAGUGGUGGACCUGUCGAGACAGUGAAAGAUGGCGAGACAGGGUUUUUGUGUGACCCAACCCCACAAAGCUUCUCGUUGGCCAUGGCCAAAUUUCUUAAGGACCCCUCUUUGGCAGAAACAAUGGGUUCCAAAGCACGAACCCAUGUUUCCACAACAUUUUCUACAAAGACCUUUGGAGACCAAUUGAAUCAAUAUCUCACCAGUGUAGUAGCAAAGAGCAAACAAGAUAAAAGAUCUAAAGCAGAAUGAAGAAUGACAUUCUGCAUCGUUGACAGACAAAGUUAUAUCUUCCUAUUGACCGUUUGAAUUUACAUUUACAUUUACUUACAGAAACUUUUAUGAUAUAUACCUAUUAAUCUAUUACAUAUGUAGGCAUGUAGCUUUAACCAA